AUGUCUUCCCUUUCUGAAAUGCCAGAGCUUGUAAUGGAAACUAUCACUGGAUUCUUGGAUUUUCGAUCUGUACUGUCACAAGUUUUUUCGAAAUUCGAGAUUUUCAUGAUUGAAGUGGAAAACUUUAAUGAAAAAGAGGAACUUUUAAAUUUGUGGGGUACUUCGUAUCUUUCUGAAUCUUCAAUUUAUUGGUAUUUUCGAAUCAGGGAUUCGGAGGAAAAUAUUUUAGUGGUCGAUCAUCAGCAAGAGUUUAAUCACAUGUUUUUCUUUGCCAUUGAAACGAGGGAUGUUUCGAAUGGAAAGAUUGUACACGAUUAUAACAAAUACUGA